AGACUGCUUUUUCCAGGUCUCAGCCGUAAGCAACGCAGUCGAGGCAGGACAAGGCUCGAGCGAUGCAGUUUCUCCAGCGGGAACCCCCUUGGGGGGCUGGUAUAAAGGGGUGGGCCCGGGCUGAACCAACCACCACCCUUAUGGCGCUCCCGUUCUCAUCCAGCGGCCUAUUCAGCCUUGGCCAGCAUAUGAUACCCCUCUUCCAGAAUGGAUUGGGCUCCUGCGGUUGAUCCUUGUAUCACGAAACGUGACUUAGGCGGUUUUUAUUACGACAAGAAGCAGUCACAUGGGUCGAACGUGCCCACAGUCGUACGGUCCCAGGGCAACAAGUUUGAGAUCGUACCACUGGACAGCCAAGAGGCGUGGGACACAUGGUUCCAGAGUGAUAUAUUCAACGAUGGGCAUAUGAAAAGUUCUCAUCCGCCACGGGACCUAUCUGGCUUCCAGGUUCUGGUGUCACCUCACAUAGAGCCAGUCGCCCAUUCGGGGUUCUCUGGCUUUCAUGCUCAGGGUAACCCCGGCCCUCUCCUCGGCGGCGAUCUUUCCGACGACGAGAGCGGACCAAAGCCACUUCCCCAAACUCACAGCAAUCUCCCCUUCUCAAAGCCCAACUGGGCAAAGGUUGCUAAGGCGUUCAUGAUCUCCAAGGCAAUUUUACACCCAAUCAGAAGAAACAAAUGUCAAUCCACGUUCGUAGCGUGCAACCAUGGGGCCGCGGACUUGGAGUUACACACGGCCGUGGCGGCACCAUAUAACCGGCCAGGAAGCUUCUCUCUCUCCUGCACCUACUUCGCCGCACCGAAACUGACGCUAGCCGUGUUCUACUCGUGUGAUUCAACACAACUACAACGGAUAAUCAAGCUCCUCCGAGGGUCUCCCGAAGUGGCUUCCCAUCCGCUGCUUAUGGUAGGAGUCUUUGCCGAACUUCAGCUGAAUCGCAUGGAGGCAUCGAUAAGCAGGGUGCACCAACUUUGCGAUUACAACAAGCGUGUCUUUGACGUCAACUGGGGAAGUAAUAUGGCCAUAUUGAUCAAGAACCUCAAUCGUCGGCUGCGCCGUGGUGAAGUAAAGGCCAAAGAAGCCGAAGAGGAGAUGCGGGCCGUCAGGGCCCAGGUGAAGGAAAUGGCGGAUCGGGUCGACAACCAAGAAACGGCGUGGACCGCAUUUGCCCCUCCGGCGGGCGCAGCAGGCCCAUCAGGAAAUACUGCAGCCAUCUCGAAUAGGUUCAAGGGCAGGUUCAAGGAGAUCGACAACGAGAUCGAGGGUUUGAUGGCCCAAUGUCGGGCCGCUGCCGAAGGGCAGACAUAUUUGGCCAAUCUGUUCAUGUCCGAAAUCCAGAGAAAAGAAGCAGGAGCCAGUAGGCGUCAGGGAGUACAGAGCAAGUUUCUAGCCAUGAUUGCAACCAUUUUCCUUCCCAUGACGAGUGUAGCUACCAUAUUCGCCGUGCCGGCCUUCAAGUUUGAGAACGACUGGCGUGACGUUAGAUUCCAGCCGGUUAACGGUUCCGAUAGCGACGGUGGGUCGUCGUCGUCGUCACCAUCCGAUCCACCCAAUCCUGUCUUCUCGGGUUAUGGUAUCAUUUUUAUCGUGGUAUCAGUUUGCCUGACCUGUCUUACCUACUAUUCCUACCUUUCGGCAAAGAAGCGACUAGAAGAGGAUGACGAGCUCGGACUCAUAGGCCCCGGUCCCGGCCAACAACAGGUCUCGCCAGCCGCAGGCAAGCAACCCGGGACCACGGCGGGCUUGCAAGGCAAAGAAAGCGGUGGUUCGAGUUCCAGCAGUAGCUCGUUCGCACGACUAUGGGGGUUGGAGGCUGGCCUUCGGUUUAUCAACCCAUUGAGAGCCAGGUCAUGGUUCCGCGGAAGAGGUGGAAAUGGGGGGCAGAACAACAACCCGGGAGGCAGCCCUGUGUGAAGUGUAAAUUCUUGAAUUGCUUCCUAAGUAUCAGAUCGGGGACCGAUCUCCACCAUAAUAGAAGGAAGACUGUAAUAGUGGCCAUCGUCUCUCGGUUGUUGCUUGAAUGGACUAAUAACAACUCAGAAUGGCACUCGAA